CGAAAGCAAUCUAAGGUGAAAGGCAAACGUCUGCCUAAAGUUGAACGAGUUGAUAGAAUCACCACACUUCCUCGAGCCAUAGUAGAAACCAUCCUAUGUCUUUUACCGAUUGAAGAAGCAGCUAGGACAAGUGUCCUCUCAAGGGAAUGGAGAUACAAAUGGACCACUAUUCCUAAACUUGUGUUUGUAAAGUAUGAUGAUGUGAAAGAAUCGUCUGAUGGCAGUGAAACAUCUGACUUAGAAAGCGCAAGGAAACACAUGGACAGGAGGUGUAAACUUUUCUAUACUAUACACCAAGUUUUGUUACUCCACCAAGGUCCAAUACAUGAUUUCACGCUUUCGAUGGAUGCACAUCACACCUGCUUUGAAAUUGAUCAGAUAAUACUCCAUUUGUCGAGGAACCAUGCUGUCAAGAAAUUGACAUUUGACUUCUGUUAUUACGAUAUGUAUGUUUUACCCUUAUCUUUCUUCUCAUUGCAUCACUUGACAGAUUUGUCUCUUAAAAAUUGUAAUAUCAACCAGAAACCAAUAUUCAAUGGAUUUGUUAACCUUACAAACUUAUCCUUCACAUGUGGAAAGAUCUCUAGAAAAGCUCUUCUGCAUCUUCUAUCCAUUUGUCCAUCACUUAAGAGCUUGUCUCUGUUUAUACUUGAAAACGAUUUUAUCGGUUCUGAAUACCCAAGCAUUAUGGAGCUAUUCAAGUGUUUACCUGUGAUUGACGACUUGACUACCACCUGGGUUGAUACCAUUGCGCCGGUAGUUAAAGCCUCGGUUCCACAAGAGCUUCCAACCUCACUAAUCCACCUCAAAUACUGUAGUAUCGAAGAAAUGUUGUUUCAUGAUGGCUGUGGAUUGACUUUUGUUGCUGUUUUGAUCAAAUGCUCCCCAAAUUUGGAGAAAAUUGUUCUGGAGAUGGGUAAUGAUGAGAUGGAGUCUGAUGUGUUGGAAGAAUACUCCGUUACGCUGGAAAAAUAUUCAGAUGUUUGGUUGGAGCAUUUGAAGGAAUUGGAGAUUAGAGAUUUCGAACAUGUGAAGCCUGUGUUGGAGUUGGUGAAGUUGGGGGCCGGAUGGGUGGAGAAGAAUGAAAAGUUGGAGAUGUUAAAAACCCUCAAAUGCGCUCCACACGCAUCACCGGUGGAAAUUGUUGUAGAUUGAGAAUUUCUUUAAACCUUUUCAAACUCUAAUGUUGAGGUUUAUAGUUUAUAAGUUUCAAGGGUGGGUGAUGUUACUGUUCUUUAUAUUUUGUGGUUGAUAUGGAUGACAAUGCGGCCUUAUUAAAAUAAAGGUUUUUGACACUUGUUAUUAAAAAAAAUGAUUUAACCCAAGAAUGCUACUUCUGCAUUCAUUUUUCUCUUU